AGUCUGCAAUUCGACCCGAUACUCACCACUCUCUAAUCGAACUAUUUCAGUAUUAUACUGCACAGCGAUGGAGACGAGGUGGAACUCUCCGACUGCCCACGUGACUCUCCUGCUGCACCUGCUGCAAGCGGCCACCGCCGUCGAAGGGGGCAUCUGCUGGCUGCGUCGGGGCGAGGGUGGCAGGUGCCAGGGCUCGCUGUUGCAGGUCGGGGUCUCCAUGGCCGAGUGCUGCUCGGCGCACGGGCCUGGCCGCGCGUGGAGCGGCCUCGACGCAUCUCCGGAGAGCCUCUUCCGCUGGAAGCUGAGCGGCGGCGCCACGCCGUGCGUGCCCUGCAGCCGGGGCUCCUGCGACCGCAUCGAGUGCGGCCCCGACCAGCGGUGCCGCGUGGGCCGCAACGGGGCCCCCCGCUGCCUCUGCGCGCCGCCGUGCCCCCCGGCCACGCGCGCGGGCCCCGUGUGUGCCUCCAGCGGCCGCACCUUCAGGGACGAGUGCGCCCUGCUGAGGGCACGAUGCCGGGGGCAGAGAGGCCUUUCCGUGCAGUACCCGGGGCCCUGCAUGAGGUCGUGCGCGGCCGUGCCGUGCCCCGGCGCCUCCGUGUGCCUGCUGGACCAGAGCAGCACGGCGCACUGCGUCAGCUGCAGCCUGCGACCCUGCGCCACCGCCACCACGGCCACCGCCACGGCCGCUGCCGGGGUGUCGCCGCGCUCCACGCUGUGCGGCAACGACGGCGUCACCUACCCCGGCGUGUGCCACCUGCGCCGCGCCACCUGCCAACGCGGUCGCUCCAUCGGCGUGGCGCACCACGGGCCCUGCCAGGACCGCCCGUCCUGCGCCGACACGCGCUGCGGCCCCGGCCGCCGCUGCCUCUGGGACUCGGAGUCGCGGCGGCCGCACUGCGUGCUCUGCCCCGAGGCUCCGUGCUCGACGGCGCCGACGGCGACCCGCGACGGCCCGGACGAGGGGGCGGCCGUGUGCGCCUCCGACAACGUGACGUACCCGAGCGCGUGCGCGAUGCGCGAGGCCGCGUGCGCGCGCGGAGUGUACCUGGAGGCGCGAGCGCCGGGAUUCUGCGGCCCGACGGAGGAGUACGACUUGGAGGACUUGGAGGAUGAGGUUGAUGAUGAAGACGACGGCGGUGGCGAUGGCGACGAUGUAGGCGAUUACGCCUCCGAAAUGGGUGAUGACCUCAAUGAAGCGUGGGAGUCAACCCAACGGCUCGAUCCACAAAUCACCGCGUCGGAAAGGUCAAACGGUCGCGACAGCUGGUAAAAAACACAAAACACGCACGCACAGGUCAAACGCCAAGUUACCGUUAUUCUCCGUGACAUACCACUUUUACAUCCCUGUGUACUUUAAAGCAAACGUUUGCGGGGUGGAUCUUCUAAUCUAGUAAGAGUGCGUGCGUGCGUGCGUGCGUUCGUUUGCGCGUGUGACCAGAUUUGUGUUAACUCUUGACACCAGACACUUUCCAGAUGUCGUCGUGUUAAACAGAGAAUGCGGUACAGCAAAAGGCACAAUGUCCCGCAAGGAUCGAUUGAUUCCCUAGCCGAGGAUGCGAGCGGAAGUUCUGAUGAUUACCUUGAGCGUAGACUGCGGUAUUGUGGCGAGACCACAAUGCGAUGUAGAAUCCACGAGAGUUUGGUUGUCGUCUGCUUGUAAAAGAUUAUCGUCUCGUUCGCUCAUUGUUUCCUUGCGCGUUAUUUACAAAAUAACACACACGGCAAUGAAAAGUUCUGAAAAUAAACGGCUAUGACCAAUUUAAAUGAGCGUUUUCGGCUCAACGUUUUUCGCUUAGGGUAAUUAACGGCCCGAAAGUCACGUGGUACCAUCAUUGCCACGGCCAUUUUCACAUUUUGCUGAAUUUCAACUUACGGCGGAACUGACGGCACGUGCCCCAUGAGCGCGACAGAUGGUGGACAUUGCGACGGUCAGGGGGCUCGCUCGCAGGCUCACGCCCAGCGACGGGUCCUCUAAAGUCGCACGUCCAGUGCUGGGGGGGGGGGGUUUAUGGUGCCCGCCGUGAUGCUUUGUGAAGUGCACAUCUCACUGGCAGCCAUCGGUAAACUUUGGUGGUUGGAGAUUUGAAGGCAGAUCGCGGUUCGAAGGACACGGGAGCAGCAAUUAACACAUUCCUGCGGAGGGAGCUGGUAGGAACGUUGGGUUGCUCGGUCAAUGGCCAGGGUCAACGGCGGCGUGGUGUAUUCCGCAAAUAUUCCUGACUGUGAGGGCGGGCACAAGCCGGCGUGAGUAGGUUAAACGUUGAGUUUUAUAAGGGCACCACGGGGUGACCAGCACCUCCCC